CGCUGUAUAUGUUGUUCGUGUGACGUUAUUGUUUACAACGUAGCUGUUUGUAUCAUCAGCUGAUUAACGCAACAUAAAACACGAGGUCUAUUCAAAAGGUGUAAUAGUCGUGAUAAAAUGCACAAGAUGGUAAAAAACGCGUCACAAGCUCUUGACGUGAACUUGGCGUGUCGUCGGAAACCACAAAACCUUAUCAGUUUACAAGAGGGAUUAGCUGAAGGUCAGCUGACCCCAGUGUACUCCACCACUGACAGGAGCCUGGAGUAAAAUGGAGACUACCUGCUGGGAUGUAAUGUUUGCGAUCCUCCUUGUGUGGCUGUAUGCAGUGAUGGGGCUCAUCAUGUUCCCUGCGAUGUUUGGUGUCUCACUGGGCUUCAGUGAUGUCUACAUUAGAGUGCUUGUCAACACACUGAAGUGGGCCACCAAGAGGAUUCAGAGAGGGCAAAAGGAACAGCUUGAACUGCCAGCAUAUCUCCCCAAUGGAAUUAUCCAGAGGAACGAUGGCUCUAUGGAAGAAGAGAUUGGAGACCUGCGUCGUUCUCAUCCAAAAACUCUCAACGGUGGGGACUUUACACUCUCUGAUGUCUUUUAUUUUUGCAAGAAGGGUGUUGAGUGCAUCGUGGAGGACGAAGUCACUCAGCGAUUCACAUCCGAAGAGCUGGCUUCCUGGAACCUUCUGACUCGCACCAACAACAACUUCCACUUUAUUAGUGUGCGACUCACCAUCAUAUGGGGUCUGGGAGUAUUCAUCCGCUAUUGCAUUCUCCUUCCACUCAGGGUUACCUUGGCUGUUAUUGGACUGAGUUGGCUAGUGAUUGGCACAUCGCUUGUAGGUCUGCUACCCAGCAGCAGUGUGAAAGACUGGAUCAGUGAUCUGAUUCACAUUACGUGCUACAGGAUCUGUGCUAGAGGACUUUCAGCUACCAUCCACUACCACAAUAAAGAAAAUCGCCCAAAGAAAGGGGGAAUUUGUGUAGCAAACCACACCUCUCCGAUCGACAUUGUCAUUUUGGCGAAUGAUGGAUGUUAUGCCAUGGUGGGUCAGGUUCAUGGCGGAAUGAUGGGGGUCAUCCAAAGGGCGAUGGCACGAUCCUGCCCACACGUGUGGUUUGAGAGGUCAGAGAUGAAGGAUCGACAUGCAGUGGCCAAAAGGUUGAGAAAUCAUGUUGCUGACAAAACCAAGCUGCCUAUUCUUAUCUUCCCGGAAGGAACUUGCAUCAAUAACACCUCUGUCAUGAUGUUCAAAAAGGGGAGUUUUGAAAUCGGAGGGACAAUUUAUCCUGUAGCAAUUAAGUAUGACCCCCAGUUUGGAGAUGCUUUCUGGAACAGUGCAAAGUACAACAUGGUGAGCUACCUCCUGAGGAUGAUGACCAGCUGGGCCAUAGUAUGCAACGUCUGGUACCUUCCACCUAUGAAUCUACAGGAUGGAGAGGACGCUGUACAAUUCGCCAACAGAGUGAAAUCAGCUAUAGCACUACAGGGGGGACUGGUGGAUCUAUUCUGGGAUGGAGGCUUGAAGCGAGAGAAGGUAAAGCAGUCGUUUAAAGAGGAGCAACAGAAAAUGUACAGCAGUAUGAUUGUGGGUCAAGACUGAAAGCCAAACGUCCAUGUUUUCUCUUUGUUCUUCUGGACUCUGAGUGAACGGAGUUGACAGAUAGAAUCACUGUCAAUAGACCUUUUAUAGACUCUACAGUAUGAACAAAUCAGGUUAAUUCUGUGUCUACUAUAUUUUUAAAAGACUCACAAGCAUAAAACACACAUAGACUUGCAUAUAGUUGCUCCAGUUAGCAGCAAUUUACACUGGACUUUUUGAUCAUCAAACAAGUUGAGUUAUUGCUUUAACCUUUUUUGUAGAUGCAGACAUUCAGUGGAAACUACUUCACAAAUGCUUGGAUUUUCCAAUGGGCACUUUGUGUAGUGCCUUUAUGAUUAAACAGUGAUUU